GCGGGCAGCGGUGCCCCGAGGCUGCGGCGCUGUGGGGCGGCGGCGCCCCCCGACCUUCCGCGUCCCCGGGCUCCCCGGGCGGCGGUGAGGGCGGCGACGGCGGCGCGGACGGGCAGGCGAAGCUGAGCUGGCUGCUCCAGGAUGCACCACAGCUCUGAGAAGGGGAAGUAGAAGUCCUACUGGCUCUGCUAUGGCGUGUGAACCGCAGAUGGACCCGGGCGGGGCGGCCGGCCCCUUACCCACCUCCUCCCCUGGGUGGAGCGCCCUGCCUGGCGGGAGCCCUCCUGGCUGGGGGCAAGAGCUCCACAAUGGCCAGGUUCUCACAGUUCUCCGGAUUGACAAUACCUGUGCACCCAUCUCCUUCGAUCUGGGAGCCGCCGAAGAACAACUGCAGACCUGGGGCAUUCAGGUCCCGGCUGAGCAGUACAGGAGCCUGGCUGAGAGUGCCCUCUUGGAGCCCCAAGUGAGAAGAUACAUCAUCUACAACUCGAGGCCUAUGCGGCUGGCCUUCGCUGUGGUGUUCUAUGUGGUGGUGUGGGCCAACAUCUACUCCACCAGCCAGAUGUUCGCCCUGGGGAACCACUGGGUGGGUGUGCUGCUCGUGACCCUGGCUGCCAUGAGCCUGACCCUGACUCUUGUGCUCAUUUUCGAGAGACACCAGAGGAAGGCCAACGCCAACACGGACCUAAGGCUGGCGGCUGCCAACGGAGCCCUCCUGAGACACCGGGUGCUGUUGGGGGUGACAGACACGGUGGAAGGCUGCCAGAGUGUGAUUCAGCUCUGGUUUGUCUACUUCGACCUGGAGACCUGUGUGCAGUUUUUGUCCGACCAUGUUCGAGAAAUGAAGACGAGCCAAGAGUCCUUGCUGAGAAGCAGAUUGAGCCAGCUGUGUGUUGUCAUGGAGACUGGGGUGAGCCCCACGGUGGCCGAGGGGCCGGAGAACCUGCUGGAGGAAGCUCCUCUCCUGCCCAGCAGUCCUCGUCCCACGGAGAGGCCACUCAUGCAGACCGAGCUUCGCCAGCUUAUUCCUGAGGCUGAGCCAGAGGAAAUGGCCCAGCAGCUGCUGGCAGUGUUUGGUGGCUACUACAUCCGGCUCCUGGUGACCUCUCAGCUCCCCCAGGCAUUGGGCACACGACACACAGACUCUCCAAGGAUUCCAUGCCCCUGCCAGCUCAUAGAAGCCCACAUCCUGGGCACAGGGUGCUGCCCAUUCCUGGCCAGGUGACCUAGGGACGAAGGUACUCAUCUUCUUCCAAGGCUGAAAGUGAGAAGUCAGGGAGGCCUCAGGAGCCCAUGGUAGCCGACAGUGAGCCCUAGGUGAGGGGAGCAGCAUCUGGGGGCACUCUGAGGCUGUCCGUCAUGUCAGCACUGGGAAUACUGUUCUCACUCCAGGACCCUGCGCAAGAAUGGCUUGUCGACAUCCCACACUGACCCCUGGCCUUUGCAGAAGCCGAUGGUCCCACUCUGAGGUACUUUCUGUGCUGCUGAGAACUGUGGGCGUGGAUGAAAGGGCCACCCGCACAUCCCUUUCAUUGUCUGGAGAGCCCAGGAAAUGUGAAGAUGACCAGACCGGGCUGAACGUGUGGCCAAAGCUGGGUCUCAGGUGAUGCUCCUGUCCCCACCCCCUUCUUGUCAGAUGGAGACUCAGGACACUGCUCUUCGUGGCAUUGCCUUGGGCCCCUUAGAUGAUAAGAAGCCUCUUCCCAAUCUGAAGUGAAGAAGUAAAUUCUCAGAAUGUUCUCCAUUUUUAAGUUGUUUUUUCCCUACAUUUUCUGAAAAACGAUGGCACUUGGGCUUGUAUGCUAGCACACAGGCCUUCAGGAGUAGGAAACAAACAGCCUGUAACUGCUAAUGGGAAUAUUUGGAAGAGACUGAUCCUGUCUGAUUGGAGGGCAUAUUUUGUUCAAAGGCAUGCUUGCUCGUGGGUAUGGUUUCCUGCUGCAGACGGAGAAUGGCAGUUUGUUCCUUAACACUAACACUCCUGGAGUGAAGCGUAAUCUGUCACUUGUGGAAUUCCAUGAAGAGCUCAGAGGCUGCCAGGUGCUCUGCUUCUGAACAAGUCUGAAGACCCGUUGUUCCUUAGGCCCAAAUCCAAAAGCCCUAGCCUGGCAUUUAAAGGCUCCCCAGCACCUAAGACCUGGCCUUCAUCUGCAAUUUUGGCUUCAUCGCCCAUAAAAAUCCUUCAUAGGUUGAAACUCUUUUCCUGGACUGACAUAGCUGUUCCUUUGUAUCUGCUGGACUCCUAUGCAUGCUUUUGUAAAAAAAAAAUUUUUUUAAUUGAGGUAUAUACAAGGUUCAGGUGUACAACAUAGUGAUUCACCAUUUUUAAAUGUUAUAUUCCACUUAUAGUUAUUAUAAAAUAUUGACUGUAUUCCCUGUGUUGUACAAUACAUCUUUGUAGCUUAUUUAUUUUAUACAUGGUAGUUUGUACCUCUUAUCCCCUCCCCCUAUCUUGCCCCUCCCCCUCCUAUGCAUGCUUUAAAGCUCAGCUUUCCUUACCCCUCCUUCAGGAAGCCUUUCAACAUAGCCAGACCUGCCACUCUCUGCCUCCUUUAUUUUUUUAUUUUUAUUUAAAAAAAAUUACCUCUUAAUCCAUUAAUCCAAAUCAUCUCACUUUUUUUUUUUUUUCCACGCCACGUGGCUUGCGGGAUCAUAGUUCCCCGAUCUUGGAUUGAACCCAGGCCACCACAGUGAAAACACCGGGUCCUAACCGCUGGACCGCCAGGGAAUUCCUGACUCUGCGGCCUUUAAAUUCUUGAUGUAGUUGCUGCCUUUACUGGUGUUUUAUGUUAUUGAUUCUGUUUUCCUGUGCAUAUACCUAUUCUUCUAGCUAGACUAUAAGCUCCUCAAGGACGAAGACUGCACCUUGUACUUUUUGUGUGUGACCUGGACUUGCUAAGGAAAAAAAUCCUGUGGACUGAGUGCUUUGUCAUCUCUAUAGUAGCUUUUGCAAAUUGCUGUCUGUACUCAGUUGAAUGAUGAAGUUGUCACAGGCUGGGGUUCUGGUCCUCAACUGCCACUUUCAGUUAUGUAACUUUAGGCUGGUCCUCAGUUUACACAUCUGUAUAAUGGGUAGAUUGGAUGAUUCUUAAUGGCCCUUUCAAAGCCAAAGAUCUGGGAAUUUCCAUCUUUUUCUGUUCCAUUUUAACCCUUGGCCUUUCUCUCUGUUAUGCCUUUAUCUACAUGCAGAAAGGUUCUAUAGACCCACACAGGUGAGGUGUCCCAGAACUGAUACCCCUUUGGAUGGAACACUGCCUAGCCAGCAGGAGAGCUGUAUUCUCAUUUCAGAUCUGCUACUUCUUAGCAGUAUGACCUUGGUUAGGUUAACCUCUCUGAAUGUCAGUUCACUCUGUAAAUGAAUCUGCUGAACAUGAAAUGUAAUUAUGUGGGUGACUUACCAUGUAAGAGAUGAAUCUGACUGUUCACUUUCUCUGGGCCAGAGAAGAGAAAGCAUGUACAUAGACCAGCCCUUGGAAAUGGCUCUUUUAGGCAUUUCUCUUCAGCCAACAAAUGCUGCGGCCCGCUUUGCUCAAUGAGAAUUAUUCAUGAAGGCGAUCAUUGUCUUUCUCACCUGCCACAGCGGAAGUGUGGGCUGUGAAUGUGAUCAAUAGAAGCCCAUAUUUAUCAUCCAACCAUAAAGCCCUGGUAAAU